GGUAAGAACAAUGACACAUACACACACACACACACACACACACAAGUAAAUGUUUAUCAGGCAGAAAGCUUUCAGUCUGAGGAGACUUCUUCAUACCGCAACAACUGCUGAGCAAACCUCCAUAAAGAGAGAUGGACUUUUCUACAAAAACCCUGGCAGAGGGCUGCUUUGGGAAAGUGUAUAAGCAAAAGUACGGAGACACCUGGGCCGCAGUGAAGAAAGUGCCCAUGAACUUCAUCACUAAGGAACAGCUAACCAGAGAGUGCCAUGUUUAUGAGAAGGCACAACACAACAACGUGGUGAGGCUCCUCGGGAGUCCAUGGCUGCAAGACGGAAGGUGGCACAUUCCUCUGGAAUUCGUCUUUGGAGAGGAUCUUGAGACGGCCAUAUUUAAUGUACAGAAAUCUAAAAUACAGCUGACCCCGUCAGUGAAGGCCACCAUCAUCAGUGGUAUGUGUGAAGGCUUGUACUUUCUGCACAGCAAAGACAUCGUCCACCAGGAUCUCAAACCAGACAACAUCAUGAUUGAGCAUGGAUCUCAUCGUCCUGUGAUCAUUGACAUGGGUCUGGCAAAAUUCUUCAAAAAUGGCUUAAGCUCUGCCGUAAACUUGGGCAAUGAGGCCUACUCUGCUCCUGAGAUCCUGCAAGGGAACAUUCGAGACAAGCGUUCAGACGUGUGGGCCAUGGGCAAAAUCACUGCUGAACUCUGCGCAAGGGUCAGGCUUCCAACCCAUGGUGUGACUCCCAUUAAGAUUAAAGACACUCUGAAAGACAAUCCAUACUGUAGUGUUGUGUCCAGGAUGGUGGUGGCCAAUGCAGCAGAGAGAGCCACCAUGUUUGCAGUUAUUGGAGAGAUCCGGAAAAUUGGGGCAAAUCACGGGGCAGGAGCAGGAAGACCACAUGCAGCUUUGGGUGCCAUGGGAGCAGGGGCUGCUGAUAUUGGGGCGAAGCAAAAAUGGCGCCCACCGACCCCCUUCCCGCCGGAAGCGAAACACCACGAAAUACCUGUUGAACGCCCCCACCAUAACCCAUCUCCACGACCUCAACCUUUAGUUCCUGUUACCACAAAGGCAUUGGCCAAUCAGUUCUCGCAGAUGUCCAUUCCUUGUCCCUUACCACCAGAUGGAAUGGUGGUUCAUCGUCGUUAUGAUGACGACUCUGGCCAAAUGGAGAUUAAACAAAUAAUCACGAGGAACGGCAAGGUUGUUAAGUAUGAGAACUUGAAAAUCACCAAGUGAAGUAUACAAGAAGAAGUAUACAAAUGAUUUGAUCAACUCUCCAGUUUGCUGGGUUGAAGUCUUAAGUAUUAUAUACUUUCAACUUGUGAAUGUUGGGUACAUCUGGGGGAAAACGUUGAUUUUACAAAGUAUUUUGAAUAAUAUAGACAUCCAUUGAAAACAGUGUGCAUAACUGGAGCCAUCACAAAAGGGGUACACUGUAAAAUCACUGGAAUGAGUGGAAAGGUUUUCCGAGAGAGUAAUGAGAAAAGAUUCCAGGUGGUGGAUUUAAAAUCUUUACGCUUUGGGGAUAACGACCAGAGGCAAAAGUGGGAAAAACUUUGAUUAUAGUCACACCACAGAGCAUGAUGUCACAAAAUAAAUCAUGCACUGUCUCUGUAUAUGUUUUCAGAAUUAUAGCUAUACAGAAACAACUUAUAAUGUGGUGUAUGUAUAUGGUGAAUGUGUUUUGCUAAAUAUUAAAUGCGUGUUAAUGUACUUCUUGUUUUAUAAAUUACGUACUUUUGCACAAUGGCCUACUGUGUCAAUAUUUUUAAAAUAUUACCAAAAAAACUUUUUAAUUUACCCAAAAUGCCAAAAAUACCUUCAGUUCUAAUUAUAGCAUCGAGAUCAUGAUUAUCAGAACACUCAUCCCUACACGGCACACAUAAUAUUUACAAAAUGAUAAUCACUAGAUAUACAGCAGGGAAAAUAAGUAUUCGGACACUUUUGUUUUUGUUAUUUAAUAUAGUUCCAGUGCAUAUAUCCACUUUACAUUUACACACACAAUGUGUUUUGACUAUGUUCUUUUAAAGACAAAGGAAAAUGUAUGUAUGCAUAAGCAUAGACAAGGAUUGUUUAAAAAAAGUAUGUUGUUUAUGUAAUAUUUAUGUUCUGUCAUCAUGGACUUUAUAGCAUUUAUACUGUGAAAUCUUGAUAACCUAGUGAUUUAUUAAGAGUCUUAACAGUUUCAUGAAAAUCAUGAUUUUUCUUUGUAUGUUGGUUGCAAAUAAAAACGCAAUGGCACUUAUUCAUCAAA